AUGUGGCGUAUGCGCGUGGACUAUCGGGAUUUGAAUAAUGCUUGUCCGAAAGACUGUUAUCCGCUUCCGAUGAUAGACCAACUCGUAGAUUCUACAACUGGGUGUGAGUUACUCUCGAUGAUGGAUGUGUUUCAGGGGUAUCAUCAGAUCAAGAUGCACCUAGAGGACAUAACUAAGACUGCCUUCGCUGUCUGUAGCGGGGUUUUCGCUCAUCCGGGAGAUUUAGAGGAGAUAUUUUCAGUUAUUAGGCAAAACCGUUUGAUGCUCAAUCCGACUAAAUGCUCUUUCGGAGUAAAGACAAGCACAUUCUUGGGAUAUAAGGUGAUAACCCAAGGGAUAGAAGCCAACCAGAGCAAAGUACAGGCGAUCCUCGAAAUGACUGCGCCACGAAACAUCAAAGAAGUACAAAAGCUUAACGGGCGAAUUACAGCGCUAGCUCGGUUCAUAUCACAGUCUGCAGAAAAAAGAAAACACUCCCUGGGAACAGUCCUAAUAAAAGAAGAGAAUGGCAAGCAAAAUCCUUCAAGGAGCAGAGUUAAAUUAUACAAAGAUGGAGAGAGCAUCACUGGCAAUCAUGGUCACAGUUCGGAAACUAAGACCUUAUUUAUUUCUCACAAGGUUAUCAUAAGGACAGCCCUGCCAUUUGGACAUACUUUACGGCGUCCAGAUCCAUUAGGAAGAAUGGUGAUUUGGGCUAUUGAGUUGGACAAGUAUGACGUAGAUUUUGAACCCAGAACGGCUAUCAAGGCUCAAGCCCUAGCCAAUUUCAUUCAAGAAACAACUCGGUCUAGAGAAGUGCAACUUCGGGAGGCUUGGGUCGAUGGAUCCUUCACAAAAGAGGGUUGUGGUGUCAGCAUACACAUUAUUACUCCAACCGGGGAAGUGCUUCAAGUCGCUGUCAAAUAUGCCCAACGCUUGUCUAACAACGAGGCUGAAUACGAAGCUAUGGUAAAAGCUUUGAAAAUCUUGCUUGAGUUAGGGGCAGACAGGGCCCAUGUCAAAUCGGACUCUCAACUGGUGGCGCAACAAUUUCUAGGGACAUAUGAAACUAGAGAUGAUAGGCUGCAGGCCUAUUACACCGGAGUAAAGGGGAUAAUGAAUCAGUUUCAGGAGGUUAUCAUCACGCAGAUCCCGCGAGAGCAGAAUAACACAACAGAUUUGUUGGCACGAAUGGCCAGUGCAGUUGAAGGUACGUGGACUGAUAAGGUCAUACUAUUGCAUGAAGGAGGGAACAGUGGGGAUUAUCAUGUGCUCACCAUCGAAAAUCGAGAAGAUUGA